CAAGGCGACGGUUUAGGUUUUUGGCUCUUACUGCGUGAAAAAAGAGAGAGAGACUGUCUCCGUAGAGAGACCAAAAACAGAGAGAGAGAGAGAGCGCGAAAAGUGAAAGACCGAGAAACCAGCGAAGAAUUCUUCGUGCGCGAUCGCCGACUUGAAAUAACUUCAGUUGCCCUGCAGAAUUCCCAGCGAUCGGUUCAUGCAGCGGAUUAUCGCGUGUCGCGAAUCUUCAUAAAUAUUUUCAUAUAUUUUUUUUAAGUUCGGUGCUCUCGUGCAGUGUGAUCAUAAUUUUUUUUUUGGGUCUAUCGAGUAUCGAACCCCCACUUCCUGGCAUGUCGUGGCAGCAAUUGAAACUAUACGAAACUCGUGCCAAGUGCUAAAAUCCCAAGGAAGUUCACAAGUGUGCAAAAGCAGAUUGCUAAUUCCAGCGAAAAACCAAAAAAUAAACCCAAUCAAAAAUAAGAAAAAAAUUAAUAAGAAAAUUAAGUAAAAUAUAUACUAAAAAAUAAACGGACGGUCAGCAGGUGUGAGCGAGAGAGCAACAAUGCAACGCACGCAGCCGUCGCUGCCUCUGCCGCUGCCUCUGCUGGCGGUGGCGUUGGCGUCGGCGCUGGCUUUUGCGCAGGCGCAGAAUAUAGAUGCCGGCUGCAGCUUCCCGGGAUCGCCGGCGCACAGCAGCGUGGUCUUCUCGAAUGCGAAUCUCACCCAGGGCACGGUGGCCUCCUACAGCUGCGAGCGCGGCUUCGAGCUCCUGGGACCGGCGAGACGCGUCUGCGACAAGGGGCAGUGGGUGCCCGAGGGCAUCCCGUUCUGCGUUUUGAAUGUUGCCGCUGGCAAGGCGCCCAUGCAGAUUUCCACUGAUGGCGCCGGCGCUCCGCAGAAGGCCAUCGAUGGCUCCACCUCAGCCUUCUUCACUCCGGAGACCUGCUCCCUGACGAAGGCGGAGCGAUCGCCCUGGUGGUAUGUCAACCUCCUGGAACCCUACAUGGUGCAACUGGUGCGCCUGGACUUCGGCAAGUCCUGCUGCGGCAACAAGCCGGCCACGAUUGUGGUGCGAGUGGGCAACAACCGGCCGGACUUGGGCACGAAUCCGAUCUGCAAUCGCUUCACGGGUCUCCUGGAGGCGGGACAACCGCUCUUCCUGCCCUGCAAUCCACCGAUGCCAGGAGCCUUUGUGAGCGUCCAUUUGGAGAACAGCACCCCGAAUCCGCUGUCCAUCUGCGAGGCGUUCGUCUACACGGAUCAGGCUCUGCCCAUCGAAAGGUGUCCUACUUUUCGGGAUCAGCCACCGGGUGCCUUGGCCUCCUACAACGGCAAGUGCUACAUCUUCUACAACCGCCAGCCCCUGAACUUCCUGGACUCCCUCUCCUUCUGCCGAUCCCGUGGCGGUACGCUGAUCAGCGAAAGCAAUCCGGCGCUGCAGGGCUUCAUCAGUUGGGAGCUUUGGCGACGUCACCGCAGUGACGUCAGUUCGCAGUACUGGAUGGGAGCGGUACGCGAUGGCAGCGAUAGGAGCAGCUGGAAGUGGGUCAAUGGCGACGAGCUGACCGUCUCCUUCUGGAGUCAUCCGGGCGGCGAUGAGGACUGCGCCCGGUUCGAUGGCUCCAAGGGUUGGCUGUGGAGCGACACCAAUUGCAACACGCUGCUGAACUUCAUCUGCCAGCAUCAGCCGAAGACCUGUGGUCGACCCGAGCAGCCGCCCAACUCGACGAUGGUGGCCAUGAACGGAUUCGAGGUGGGCGCCCAGAUCAAGUACAGCUGCGAUGCCAACCACCUGCUGGUGGGUCCUGCCACCAGGACCUGUUUGGAGACGGGCUUCUACAACGAGUUUCCGCCAGUGUGCAAGUAUAUCGAAUGCGGUCUGCCGGCCAGCAUUGCCCAUGGUUCCUACGGUCUGCUGAACAACACGGUGGGCUACUUGAGCCUGGUGAAGUAUUCCUGCGAGGAGGGCUACGAGAUGAUAGGACGUGCCCUGCUCACCUGCGACUUCGAUGAACGCUGGAAUGGACCACCGCCGCGCUGCGAGAUUGUGGAGUGCGACACACUGCCUGGCAACUACUACAGCACCAUUAUCCACGCUCCCAAUGGCACGUACUAUGGCUCCAAGGCGGAGAUCAGUUGUCCCCCGGGAUAUCGCAUGGAGGGACCUCGAGUGCUCACCUGCCUGGCCAGUGGUCAAUGGAGCAGCGCCCUGCCCCGCUGCAUCAAGCUGGAGCCCUCCACUCAGCCCACUGCCGCGUCCACUAUUCCAGUGCCCUCGUCGGUGGCCACGCCCCCGCCCUUCCGACCCAAGGUCGUCAGCUCCACCACCAGCCGCACCCCCUACCGCCCACCAGUGGUCUCCACUGCGAGCAGCGGCAUCAGCAGUUCCACCAGCACAGUGGGCACGUAUCCCAGUCUCAGUCCCACGCAGGUGGAGAUCAACGGCGAAUCUGAAUCCGAGGAAGAAAUCAAUGUGCCGCCAGUGCCCGGAACCGUUCGCGAGGAGUUCCCGCCCCGCCGCACCGUCCGCCCGGUGCUCAUCCCGAAGAAGCCCAGCAGCACGCCGGCGGCCCUGCCACCCACCACCCACCAGGUGCCACCCCAGCCCCCAUCCACCUAUGCACCCAACCCGCCGCGCAGCUCUCGUCCAAGUGGCGCCCCCAACGGCGGAGCGGUGGAGACCACCACACGGAACACACAGCAGAUCAUCGCCAACUCGCAUCCGCAGGAUAACGAGAUACCCGACAGCGUCAACAUCCAGCAGAACCAGUCGCCCAACGUCAACGUGCCCUUCGCCGUCGACAAUCCCGACCGCAAGGAGACCAAGGAGGCCAAACUCAAUCUGGGCGCCAUCGUGGCUCUGGGCGCUUUUGGUGGCUUCGUCUUCCUGGCCGCCGUCAUCACCACGAUCGUGAUCCUCGUGCGAAGAAAUCGAACCACGCAACACUAUCGCCAUCGCGCCUCGCCCGACUGCAAUACGGUGGCCAGCUUCGAUAGCUCCACCUCCGGAUCCCGCAAUGGACUCAACAGGUACUACCGCCAAGCCUGGGAGAACCUGCACGAGUCCGCCUCGAAGAACAGCUCACACAACGCUCUGCGCCGCAAGGAGACCCUCGAUCCGCCGAGCAUGACCCGUUCCCGUGACAAUCUGCGCGAUAAUAUGCAGCGCUCCCGCGAAAAUCUUGAUAGCAGAUGCGGCAGGGACAACUACGGCAUGCGGGAUGACUCCGAAAUGGUGGUGUCCUCGGUGGUGUCCGAUGUGUGCCUGAAGGGCGAGAAGAAGCGCCACCACCACCACCACCACAAGAGCAGCUCCCGCAACGGCGACUACCGCGACAGGGACCAAUCCUCCGGCAGACGCGAGCACCACCGGCAUAGUGGCGGUGGCGGAGGAGGCGGUGGUGGCGGCCACUAUUGACCAACCAUGGUCAUCACCAUCAAUGUGGAGCGGCAGUAGCCAAACGACAGUCGAGGCCAGCAGUCGGCGUAGAAAUCGGAUUCGAAUUUGGGUCUGGUUUCAGGUUCAGAUUCGAACAUCUGAUUGCUGCAAAGCGAGCGCAACAACGAAACGUUUUUUGUUUAAUUUUAGCAACAGUUUUUUUUCGCGCUUUAGUUAUGUAAGUUGAUCGUCCGGUGGGGAGAUCGAGAAAAGGGUUCGGCAAAUCUGGAGGAGACUUUUCUGUUCAUAGUGAAAAACAAGAUGUUAAACAAGCAGCGCAAGAGAUCCUUUAACUUGCAAGUCAAUACUUAGCUAUAUACUCGUAUGCGAUGAUUAUUCGGGGCGAAAUACUGGGAGCUCUAGAGAUUUAGGAACCGCAACUUAUCUGGUUUGAUAUCACUUCCAAAAUCUCACAAAAUCAGUUUGGUUUAUUUAAAACACCCAAGAUUAUUCUUCAAAUAUUUCACGGUUCUUAAAGCUCCAGGGCUCCGGGGAAGCCCCCUUUAUAAGUAUAUGUGCACUCGUGCUAAGAUUUUGGUCCGAACUCGUAUAAUUUAUUCGCAAAGCUUUCGUAAGGUUCUUAGUUAAAUUUUCUCUAUGAAUUAGUUGUAUGUAAAGGCAUGAACAGGGCAGAAAGGCGAGGCGUAGUAAUUAGUUGCAAGGCACCAGCACCCACAUCCCUAUCAGGCCCCCCCUCACCUUUCCCUUCGCCCCGAGGCGAACUCACCCAUCCCAACUUUCACCCAGCAAGCAGAUCACACAGCUGCAGCCAAAUUAUGUGCAACUUGGUUUCGUUUGAGGUCUCAAGCCAAAUCGACUUGCUCAUAGUCGCAAAUUAGUUACGUAAACACUUACACUAGAUAGAACUUUCCAUCCAUUCCUCAAGAAGUAUCCAAAAAUCACACACACACUUCAGAUGUCGAAAAAGAAAGAAAACAGCAGCAAAUAAUAUCGUAGUACGCGUGCCACAGAACUUACUGUAUAAAAAAUCAGCACAGAAUCGAAUGAUUAUAUAAUUUUAUCCCGCACCAAGCUGCACCAUUCCAUUAUUUUUUUUACCUACCCAUUAUAUGUACGUGUAUCGCCCUGUAUUUGUAUUUCUAGAGUCUUGUAAUUUGUAGAUUUUGUUUUCGAGUGUGUAUCGUCGAGCGGUCCAGUGCUAAAAUACCGCCUAGUAUGCAAUAUUAUUUGAAUUUCGUGCAUUAUUUCCAAUGUAAAUAAUAAUAAUU